AUGCCCCCACUAGGGGGCUCUGCAGAAAGGCGUUCCGAGGCCGCAGCUCUGGAGGCCUCCAUGGAGAGAGUGCCCCGCGCCUCACAGCCCUGUCACAGCAGAGCUGGGAGGAUGCUGGGCCCCCGGGGCGCCCUGCUCCUCCUCCUCCUGACGCUGCUGCUGCCCGUGGGCUGCACCGCUGAGGAGCUGCAGAUGACCCAGGAGGAUGAAAAAGGCUGUGGUCAUUCAGCAAUAGUCGACAGAGUGUUAGGUGGAGAAGAAUCGGUGCCCUCGAAAUGGCCAUGGCACGUCAGCAUUCAAAAAGACAGAAAGCACCUGUGCGGUGGGACGAUAAUUGCCCGCUGGUGGGUGCUGACGGCUGCUCAUUGUGUGAAUAUCAAUGCUAGUUUUACUGUUUUGAUGGGGAGCAUAUUUCUCCAAGAGAAGUCUGCAUCGAUUGUCCGGGUCCCAGUCAAGCGAGUGGUUAUCCAUCCCAGCUACCAGGAAGUCAGAUACUGGUCGUGGAUUGGCCGAGAGGACGACGUAGCCCUCCUCAAGCUGUCCCAGGAGCUGAAAUACAACAAUAGCAUUUCUCCUGUCUGCCUUCCCUCCCCCAUAUUUGAUCUGAAAGUUGGGUCCUUCUGCUGGCUAACAGGCUGGGGCCAGACAAACAUAUCCUCAUCAGAAGGAAAAGCUCAAAGCCGCAAAACACCAAUAGUUAAUGGUCUUCGUGAAGCUGAGAUCCAGGUCAUGAGCAACGAUGAAUGUGACUCCCGCUACCAUGAAAUUUCAGAAGUGCCCAGCAUUGUCCGCAUCAUCACCCCUAGCAUGUUGUGCAGUGAUUAUUCCCGAGGAAGAGGCUUCUGCCUUGGAGAUGAUGGGAGCCCACUCGUCUGUAAAGUUGACGGAACUUGGUUCCAAGCAGGGAUAGUGAGCUGGACCUUGGGAUGUGCUGAGAAGGAUACUCCAGGUGUCUAUUCUCGGGUCAGCGAGUAUGCCCUGUGGAUCAAUAAGGAGAUUGCAGAGUUGAGCUAUGCAGUCUCCACCCUCAUGGCCUCCUCCUGGAUCACACCCCUGUGCCUGCUGUUGCCCAUUUGUCUCAUGAUGGGUCUCUGA